AGGCAUGUGAACCAUCGAAAGUGCCCCCUCCCCCGGAUAUGGAGCGUGCAUCUCUUAUAAACACAGGUGGCGCCGGGUCGCUGGACACUACACAGUCUAAGGCUGCAUCUAACCGUGUGCUCAGGAUGUGUGACAAAACGGUGCUGAGAUCUUUCGUGUUGGCGGCGGUGGUAGCUUGCGCCGUCGCGCGGCCUGAGCCGCCCACGUCGUAUGGCGCUCCCUCGUCCUCUUACUCCGCCCCGUCAUCCUCCUACGGCGCCCCGGCGCCGCAGUAUGGCCCUCCUCAGCAGCCCAUAGUGCACAAACAUGUGUACGUGCACGUCCCUCCUCCAGAUAACGAGUACCCAGCUGCUCGUAAACCCAUCUACGUGCCUCCUCCUCAGAAGCACUACAAGAUAGUGUUCAUCAAGGCACCGACUCCACCGACCCCGACCGCGCCCAUAAUCCCGGUGCAGCCUCAGAAUGAGGAGAAGACCCUCGUCUACGUGUUGGUGAAGAAACCCGAAGAACAACCCGACAUCGUGAUCCCGACCCCAGCGCCCACUCAGCCUGCCAAACCUGAAGUCUACUUCAUCAGAUACAAGACCCAGAAGCAAGAAGGCUACCCCGCGGCCGCGCCUCAGGCCGAGUACGGCGCACCAGCCUCCGCGCCCUCCUCCGAGUACGGAGCCCCCUGAACUUCACCACCGACGACCGGCCUGCGUAACCUACCCUCUCAGAAACUACCAAAUAUCUUGAUAAGUAGAUUUAAGUCAUAUAAGUGAGAAAUUAAAUAGAACAGCUGCGUAGCAUCAGAUUUUGUAGGACACAGUUUUUCAGAAAUAUUAAUUAAGUGUUUCGAUAAGGGUAAACAAACCGCAAUUCGAAACUUACAGCUUGUUUAAAGUGUUUAGUUUAGACAAUGUAAGACUUCCGAUAAAUUAGAUUCGUGUUUUGUUAAGUACAAAAAAUAAGAUGUAUGUAUGCGAUUCUACCGAAUCGAAAUCGAUAACGAUUCUUACAUUGUCUUUAUUAGACUCUGAUUAGAAAAGUUGUUAUCUUUCAAUGGACUUUUAGAACAGUUGUCAAUAAACCAAAUGGUGUUAGCGCCCGUUGACCGUAGCUAAAAAUAAUUAUGAAAGAUUGCCUGAAAU